UAUUUUUGAACAGUGGCUCCGAAGGUACCGUCCUCUUCAAGAAGUUUAUCCAGCAACCAACGCACCCAUUGGACAUAACCGGGAUUCCUACAUGGUUCCUUUCAUACCCCUCUACAGGAAUGGUGAUUUCUUUAUUCCAUCCAGAGACCUGGGCUAUGACUAUAGCUACCUACAAGAUCCUGAUCCAGACUUUUUUCAAGACUACAUUAAGCCCUACUUAGAACAAGCAAGGCAGAUCUGGCCAUGGCUCACUGGGGCGGCUGUAGUGGGGUCUGUCCUCACGGCUGUGCUGGGAGGGCUCAUUGGCCUGUUGUGUCGUCAUCAUCGUCGAAAGAGAAAGCAGCUCUCUGAAGAACAGCAGCCACUCCUCAUGGAAAAGGAUGAUUACCACAGCUUGUUGUACCAGAGCCAUUUAUAAAAGGCUUAGACACUAGAGUAGGGCCAGAAAGCCAGACCUCUCUCUGAUUCAGAUGCUGUUCAAGUCCCCAGGGCAUGUCCCCACAGAAAUCCCUGGUAUUUGCCUGUGAAGACCAUUAUCAGAAUUGUAAUCUAAUACAAAGUGAACCCCUCUUCUAUCUCAGAUAGACACACCCGUGCUGGCCUUGCUGGUUUUUGUUCAUCCUUUUGACAAUUUCCCUCAAGCCCCAUAUUUUCAAGGAAAGAAUGCUAUUUGGUCAUUCGUAACUGUUACUUGUAUCUGGAUAAACUUAUAAAAUGUGGGAAUCCUUUUAAUUCUUUCCUUCUCAUUGUUUAAUGGUGUUUCCUUUUUAUUGUCUUUGGCUUUAAUAAAAUAGUAACAAAUUUA